CCGUGCCUANGCCCUACUUCUGCUGUGCCUAGAGCGUGGUGUGUUCUCGUCUAUCUGUCUGACUUUCUGCAGAAGGUGCCUGUCGUUGGCCCAAUAGUUCCCUGUCGAAAGUGCCGGCCCCCGCGCCGGCACCGGCCGUAGCCGGGUGGGAAGGCUCAAGAUGGCGUGCCUGUUGGAGACCCCAAUCCGCAUGAGCGUCCUCUCGGUUGCCUUUCGAAAGAAGAGAGACGAGGGAGGAGGUGACCUGAUCUACAAAGGGAAGCAGUGAGAUAUAAGAACUGUCCCAUAUAGACAAAUCAAUGAAUAUGUUAGGCUAAAGCGUAGAGUAAAAUUGAGAAGUAACAGCUAGCAGUCGCCACUAUGUUGACAGGCUAUUUGACCCUGAUCCCCAGAAAGUUCUACAAGGUGUCAUAGACAUGAAAAAUGCUGUAAUUGGAAACAACAAGCAGAAAGCCAAUCUCAUUGUUUUAGGAGCUGUUCCAAGAUUGUUGUACUUGCUUCAGCAAGAAACCUCAAGUACAGAGCUGAAAACUGAAUGUGCAGUGGUAUUGGGAAGUCUUGCUAUGGGUACUGAAAACAAUGUCAAGUCUCUUCUAGAUUGCCAUAUUAUCCCUGCCUUACUGCAAGGACUACUGUCUCCAGACCUGAAGUUCAUUGAAGCUUGCCUCCGAUGCUUGCGCACCAUCUUCACCAGUCCUGUCACUCCGGAGGAGCUACUGUAUACAGAUGCCACGGUGAUACCACACCUCAUGGCGCUACUUAGCAGGUCCCGCUACACCCAGGAGUACAUCUGUCAGAUCUUCUCACACUGCUGUAAAGGCCCAGAUCAUCAAACAAUUUUAUUUAACCAUGGUGCAGUUCAGAAUAUUGCUCACCUACUAACCUCAGUAUCUUACAAAGUUCGAAUGCAAGCACUGAAAUGCUUCUCAGUUUUAGCUUUUGAAAACCCCCAGGUAUCGAUGACCCUGGUAAAUGUUUUGGUUGAUGGAGAAUUGUUACCACAAAUUUUUGUGAAGAUGUUACAGAGGGAUAAGCCUAUUGAGAUGCAGCUGACAUCAGCAAAAUGUUUAACUUACAUGUGUAGAGCUGGAGCAAUUCGGACAGAUGACAACUGUAUUGUAUUAAAGACACUGCCUUGUUUGGUUCGAAUGUGCAGUAAGGAGAGAUUACUAGAGGAGAGAGUUGAAGGAGCUGAGACACUCGCCUAUCUGAUUGAACCAGAUGUUGAGCUACAGAGAAUCGCUAGCAUAACUGAUCACCUCAUUGCCAUGCUUGCUGAUUAUUUCAAGUAUCCCAGCUCAGUGAGUGCCAUCACUGAUAUUAAAAGGCUUGAUCAUGACUUAAAACAUGCUCAUGAACUCCGCCAGGCUGCAUUCAAGCUCUAUGCCUCUCUAGGAGCAAACGAUGAAGACAUCCGGAAGAAGAUCAUUGAGACUGAAAAUAUGAUGGACCGAAUUGUGACUGGCUUGUCUGAGUCUAGUGUCAAGGUGCGGUUAGCUGCCGUCAGAUGUUUGCACAGUUUAUCUAGAUCUGUGCAGCAGCUUCGAACCAGUUUCCAGGAUCACGCUGUGUGGAAACCUUUAAUGAAGGUUUUACAAAAUGCACCAGAUGAAAUCCUAGUAGUAGCAUCUUCCAUGCUAUGUAAUCUUCUUCUUGAAUUUUCUCCAAGCAAAGAGCCAAUUUUAGAAUCUGGAGCUGUAGAACUACUUUGUGGAUUAACCCAAAGUGAAAAUCCUGCUUUGCGAGUGAAUGGAAUUUGGGCUUUAAUGAAUAUGGCCUUUCAGGCUGAACAAAAAAUAAAAGCAGAUAUUUUACGAAGUUUGAGUACUGAACAGCUGUUCCGGUUAUUAUCAGAUUCAGAUUUGAAUGUGCUGAUGAAAACAUUGGGACUUCUUAGAAAUCUCCUCUCUACUCGGCCUCAUAUAGAUAAAAUAAUGAGUACUCAUGGAAAGCAGAUUAUGCAAGCUGUCACCCUUAUUCUGGAAGGGGAGCAUAACAUUGAGGUCAAAGAGCAGACACUGUGCAUCUUAGCCAACAUAGCAGAUGGGACAACAGCGAAAGAACUUAUUAUGACCAAUGAUGACAUCCUGCAGAAAAUCAAGUAUUACAUGGGGCAUUCACAUGUGAAACUGCAGCUUGCCGCUAUGUUUUGUAUAUCAAACCUCAUAUGGAAUGAAGAGGAAGGGCAAAGAUGGCACUGCAGCAGUACCUGGCGUGAUGGGAGCGUCCUGGGCACCUGCAAGCAUCCCACAUCCUUGUUAAAGGAAGUACAGGAACUAGCCUCAUUUGAUUCCUUCUAUUUGCACAAGUCACCUUGGACUGCAGGGAGCUGUUUUGCAAAAGCAAUUUGGUAGGCUUAGAUCUCAAAUUCAUCUUGAGAACAUUUUUUUGAGGUAGUAAUUUCCUCAGAGGACUAUUGUGUUUUGUUUUGUUUUUUUCUGAGCUACCUGGACUCUUUAUUAGAACAAUCAAUCAUUUUCCUUUGGACCUACAAUUUUUUGCCUAUGCUGCAGCCACUUUGUGAGUGAGAAUGAAUGUGUCUCUGCACACACAGGUGUGUGUGCGUGUGUGUGCACGUGGGUCAGAAUGAAUGGGUGUGUGAAUGUGAGGGAUACCUCAAAUUUUUCUUUUCUUAUUUUGUGUGAAAAUCUCUUUUCUACAGAUUUUCCAGGGUUUAAGCAUUGCUUGCUGUAUAAAAAAACUUUACUGAAUUAUAUACAGUUUGAAUGAAAUGUUAUUUUAAAAACAAAACAAUUGUUAAGUGUUCCAUAAAGGUUAUGUUGAAUUUUGGUCAGAUGAAUAUUUGUAAGUAAAAAAUAUAUGCAUUUCUGAACCUCAACUUACAUAGAUUUUCUUUAUAAAAAAAAAAAAAAACAAAAAAAAACAAAAAAAAAAAGAAGAAAAAAAGGUUGGCUGUAGUUGGCCUGAGUAACAGGCAUGAUAUAUGGUGCUGUGCAAAACAGUAAGCUAGCAUCUUACUGCCGUCAAUAUCAGCAGGUACAGAGCCUCUUUUCAGCCUAAUUCAAUAAGCUCUCAGGCUUCCAAGUCAGAUGGACAGGGUGUAGUGGAGUGAGGCAACGGAGUCACCAUAAGGUUUUUGAACCAUCAAGGGGAAAUACAACUACUGAUAGUGAAAGGCCAGCCCUGACUCUGGCAGGAACUGGGCAUCAGGAGCCUCCCAAAGGCCCUAAAUCCUGUCACUGGCGUAGGGAUAUCUGGCAGGAUUUAGAGCCAGUCAUGGAACCUUAUGCUCAAACUAAAGUAGGUCAUCACUUCGUGGAAACAAAGUCUGAUCGCCUUGUGCUUCCUGAAACAGCAUAUAUCACUGUGAGACUAAAGUGUUCUACAGACUCAUCUGUAGAAAGAAGCAAAGAACACGGUCGUUUAGAAAGCUGUUUUUCUCUUAGCGAUACUCAGCUAAUUCUACUAGUCACUCAGGACUGCUAUUCAGUGUGCUUUUGUAAAAUGAGAUCAAAAUUUGAGUAAGACAUGUGGCUGAGAUCUUUUCCUGCAUGAAGCCCAAAGCACUGAAGUUUGAGCAAGGGAAAGGGACUCUCCCCAGAGGAUGGAAGACGGCUUCUUUUACAGCGAGUGCUCCUUCGCGCUUCUGCAGCCCUUAGCUUGGCAUCUGGCUCCAGCUUCUGGGGCAGCUUCAAGGUGAACUCAGCAGAGGUUGCUCUUGACUGUUUGAGGAACAACCAGCCUUCCUUUCCCUUUGCUAAAAGAAGCUCAGAGGCAUUGCGGCCCAGAAUCGAGGUCUGUGGCCCAGAAGCUUGCCAUGAGUGUGUGCCGCUGGCAGAGUCCCAAGCCUCCCAGCCACUCCUGAUGGGGUUGCUCACACCGCAGCCACCCCGUCACCACCCUGCACCUUCCUUGGAGGAUUUAAAUAUGUUUGAUUGCAAAUGAAUGUUUUUAAGUGUAUUUAAUGCAAUCUUUCCUGUUCUCAACACGACCACCCAAGAUUCAAACACAGAGAUUUCCAAGUUGGUGUUUUGUUUUGUUUUGUUUUGUUUUUUCAGAACAUCACCAAUUUAAAAAUCUGUCACAACAGGGACUUGGGUUUUGUGCGACCAUCAGAGUGCUAAUGUGAGAACAGCAGUAUAAAGAAAAUCGAGUUUAUUGGGAAUAAAGCCUUAUGUAGGCCUACUCAUUGACACCUCUAGUACUGAGAAAAUAUCCUUGGUUGGCAUUCGUAACACAAACACUAUAGAGUCGGUAUUUUAAAGUACCAGGUAAAUAUUAAGGAAACCAAUAAUGAAUUGCUGAGACAAUCUUGAACCCAGAUAGCAUUAGAAAGCUGAAAGCCCAA